CCCUAUUUCCCCCCUUGUUUAUCACACGUUAUCAGCAUGAUGAUAUUCACACAAACUACCUUAGUUCAUCUACAUCAGCCUCCAGGCAAAUGGUAGACACAAUUUCGACAAACUUAAUGAUCAAUGUGUAUCUCGUUUUACUUCGGGAUGCUUCACGGGGGACAAGGCGAAACAGUUUUAUAUGAAGGCUAUGGAAACCAUUUCUACUUUGUUUGGCACCACCCGCCACACCAGAACCACCAAUUUCCGUUGCGAAAGGGCCAUCUUAGAUCAUCGUCAGUCCGACAUACAUUAGCAACAACAACACACGAAUUUCGUCCGAUUUACGAAGGUAACAAUCUCCCUGUACCGAGUCUGAGAAAUAAUGGAACACGAUUCGUGGUUGUGAAACUAUCCGGCAGUCAUGAACUGCAUUGAUCAAUACCCACAUCUGUAGAUCAAUCCAUCUUCAUAAUUCAGGUUAGCUUUCUUGUAGUUUUUCUUUCUUUGUGCAUACUAAUUAUUAUCAAUUUUCGUGAUAUUUUCAUGUAUACACACAGAUUAGUUAGAAACUUAGAAUCAAUAGGAAAUUUGAAAAUGUGCUUUGAUCUGGGGACUUGGCUACUAAACUUUUUGAAACAAAUAAAUUAGAAGGUGUUGUUGAUUUUUACAUUACGCUAACAAAUUGAAAAUAAUGUUUUUCGCCGGAGAAGAUGACCAAGCCUCCUUGGAACCGGCCAAUAGCCAAAUUUAGUUAAAUGGUAGGUUAGGAGGUUGUUUUACAUGGUCAAAUGUGUAUCUGACGAUCGACAAGUAUUACGGUGGGUCCGUUACAACCUAUAACGAUUUUUAUGUUAUAGAGAUAGAAAUUUGUUUUUCUUUUCGCUAUUAAUAUUUUCUCAACAUUUUAUCAAUACAACUGUUUUUGAGUUAAAAAAAAAUUAAAAUUAAUUCCUCAUUCAUUUUUUUAACUCUAUUUGCCAUAUUAAAUAAAUACAUUUUAAUUUAUUAUAACUUGACAGUCAACUCUAUUUUAAUUUGUUUUUGUUAAUUAAAAAUUUGUGAAAACUGAAAUGGGUAAAAUUUAAUAGAUUCCGAUAACAUACAAGAGGUUAAAUAAAUUAGUAUUAAUAUUGUUUACAUUUAACCCUUUGUCUCCUUUUCUGUUCAUCAUGGCCAUGGAAGCACUAACGGGAGUAAUGAAGAAAGCUUGCAAUCUUGGUCUAUACGAGGGAGUUCGGUUUGAAAGUCAAGGCUUCGGGUGAACCUUCUUAAAAGUAGUGUGUUCGGUGUGAAUGUUGGUGAACAAAGUAUAGAAAACAUGGCAAAUUCCUUGGGGUGUAGAGUAGGUUCUUUUCCAUUUAAGCACUUGGGGCUUCAAGUGGGUGCAAAUAUGAACUUGGUAAAAAACUGGCAGCCGGUGGUUGAAAUUUUUAAGAAGAGACUAGCUAUUUGGAAGGCAAAAACACUUUCUUUUGGGGGAAAGUUGACACUAAUAAAAUCGGUGUUAAACGCACUUCCUACAUAUUAUUUUUCUUUGUAUCGUGCGCCCGAAUGUGUCAUAAAUCAGCUUGAACGACUACGUCGGGAGUUUCUUUGGGGAAUAACACCGGAAAGGGGAAAAAUGAGUUUGGUUGCGUGGGAUAAUGUUAUGACACCAAAAGAUCUAGGAGGGUGGGUGUAGGAUCGCUAAAAGACGCAAAUUUAGCAAUGCUUGCUAAGUGGUGGUGGAGGUUUAAAACGGACCCUAAUAGCUUGUGGCGUAAGGUGAUAUGGAGCAUACACAAGAAUGAAAGAUCAUGGAAUCCGAUUCCCCGGAAGAUGUCUAUAGCCGGGCCGUGGAAACAAAUUGGGAAAUUGUCGAAGGAUAUUGGAAAAUAUGGAUUAAUGUUGGCUGAGUGCUUUCGGGUCAUCCCCGGAGCGGGUGAUGCGGUGGCUUUUUGGAAAGACAAGUGGGCUGGAAAUGAACCUUUAAAAGAUAUGUUUCCUAUAUUGUUCGAAUUGGAAAGAAGUAAAAAUGUGUCGGUUGCGGAACGGGUGAAGAAUGUGAAUGGCACGAUGAUUCUGAAUUUCUCAUGGGUAAGACAGUUGGCAUCGGCUGAAGAAGUGGAAGAUGUUCAAAGUCUAUCCGAAGUGGUGCUUGGGGCUGCUAGGGAACACGGACCUGAUAGGUGGCUGUGGGAAAGGGAUGGAUCAGGUAUGUUUUCGGUUAAAAGCAUAAAAGAUGCUCUCCAACAUGCUAGAUUUUCUGAUCUGGGUAAUAACUUUGAAUGGAAUAAUUGGGUCCCCAUAAAGAUUAACUUCUUGGCAUGGAGGGUGUCCUUGGAUCGGGUUCCUACGCUAGCUGCUUUAGCACAUAGAAACGUUCAUGUCGGUCAUAUGGGAUGUAGGCUGUGUGAGCAAUUUGUCGAAGACUCGGAUCACUUGUUUGUGAGCUGCGAGGUAGCACAGUUUAUUUGGGAUUCCAUAUCAAAUUGGUGCAGAAUUUCGAGUAUAUAUGCUUUUACAGUGAAGGAUAUAUUGGAUUGGCAUAAUAAUGUACAAGGGAAUGAUGUAUGGAGGAAACUAAUAUAUGCUAUUAUGCAAGUGGCAAUAUGGGUGAUAUGGCGAAGCAGAAACGAGGCAACUUUUAACGGCAAACAAAUAAACAGGGAGCAAAUGGUAAAUGAGGUCAAACAUUUAAGUUUUUUAUGGGUCGGUAGUCGUUCGCGGCUAAAGGAAGUGUCAUGGGAGGAGUGGUGCAAUUUUGAUAUGUCGAGUAAAUGUUUGUAGAUUGUAUUUUGGGUUGAAUUGGUGUGUGUAAUUGGUUUGGGCUAACAUUUGGUUAGCCUUUGAAUAAAUGAACAAUUUUGUUGGCCGUUCAAAAAAAAAAAAA